GUCGUAACGCCUACCUUGUCGCAUGCCGAGAUUCCAAGGGUCAACUCUAGUGCCCCCAAUCCGGUUGUUCCUCCUCGUGCAUCCGGUGCCAGCUCUUCUAGGGAUGACACGGUGAUUGAAAAUGUGAACAUCGAGAUGAGGAAGACAGUGACACUACUUCGGAGGGGCUUGUUCGCCGAAUAGAAGCAAGACUCGGGAACUGGCCUGGGCCAAGCACGAGUGGAGGAGUUGAUAAUGGAUGGAUGGCUCCAGUAAAAGGGGAUCCACAUACCAAAUAUGUCGAGAUAAUCCUUCUGCUGAAAAAUUACCGAGAAGCGACAUCCGGUGAUCGGCCAGCGGAUUCCCUCGAACGAUUAGCUGAGUCAACAAAUAUCCCUCAUUUGUAUCACAAGGAUCCCAUAUCGUUCAUUUUGAUUGAGGAUCGAGCGCUUGGGGGGCACUACACUACGGCCCAAGCAUUUGAUCAAGACCUAUAUCGCCUGUUCGAGAAGGGCCGACGAGUGUAUUAUAAGGUUGAUGAGGAUAAUUACGGGCGCGUCCUUCUAUUACAGAGGAUGUACCAUCAUCUCACGUCUUCAAUAGCAUCUCGGGUUCCCGCCAUGACUCGUGCCGCAUACAAUUUUUCCUCAACAGACUCCGGGCCUGGUCGGAAGAAGGGAAAAUCCAAAGCCCACCCCUUCAUCCAAGACGAGGAUCCCAUCGAGCGCGUGACGCACAAGGGACAAACAUAUCAGUGUGGUGACUACGUACACCUCAUGAAUCCCGAUGAUGCAAGAAAGCCUAUCGUUGGCCAAAUCUUCCGCACCUACUCGCUGAAAAGAGACCCCAACAGACAAUAUGUACAUGUUCGCUGGUAUCUUCGGCCGGAGCAGACUAUUCACCCUAGGGAUCGUAGAUUUUACGAAAGCGAGGUGUUUGCAACUGACUUCUUUAGUGAACACUCAGCCGAAGAUAUAAUAGAAAAAAUUGGCCUUCAGUUUCAUGAAAGAUAUGUCCGUGGACGGCCGCUCCGACCUUCCUGGUAUCCCGGAUGGCCUUUAUACGUAUGCGAAUCAUGGUAUAAUGAACAAGAGCGAUCCUUCUCCAAGAUUGAAGACUGGGUAAAGUGCAUACCACAGAAGGUGCAAGAGGCCGCGAAGGAUCGCAACUCUAUCAUGCCUAUUCUUCCAUAUGAUAGCAUUUUGCUUGACUCCACUGUCCAUCCGGAGAACGUUCUUAGUCCGUUCGUUAUCGGUGCAGGAAAGGGUUUGAGCAGGACGGGCAUUGGUCCAGGGGCGCUCUCAAAUGGGCUCCCUCCCCUUCUCACUACUGGGCUGGGAAAAGAAGACCCUGAAGUAGAUCACGGUAACAAAACAGCGGGACCUACUGAGGUCAUCGUCAGAUAUAUUCCCAGGACUCGAGGGGUUUCCAGCAAGCAAGCAACCCAUCAUCAUCACAAACGUAAGAUAGAUGAUCGGUCUGUCAUUGCAGCUGGUGGUGGUGCUGCCUAUCUCAAAGAUGCGAAGAUUGUUGCACUUCCCAAAGAGACUGUGGAGAAGUUUGAUCGUGAUCCAAAAACUGGGAACCUUCUUUGGUUCUCCGGUGCUCCCAUUGUGGCUCCGGACCCUUCGGCAUAUAGACCGAGAUAUAGCCUGGAAUACCUUGCUUUCCUUGCCCGGAAACGCAAGCAAAACGAACAAAACGAGAUAACCACGGAUGACCAUCUCUCGAAGCGUGCCAAGGCGUCUGAGGAUUAUAUGCCGACAAGUCAACUACUGAACAAAUUGAUUGUAUCCUCCGAUGGUUCUUUCUCGUAUGACCCACCUCCAGAUGAGGGGCCUUCUUCGGAAGCGACCCUGAGCCUAGAGAGAUCUACGGAAUCAUUGGUACGUUCAUUACAAGGUAAGCAACAACGAUGUUUACCAUUCUGCUGGACCUCUGAGCUCUCGUAUGCCCGCAGAUUUUAGCCAUCACAUUUCCUCCUGAACCAACCACCCUUUGUACUUACAUAAUUAUCACUUCGUGUAUUCUUGCGGACUCCAUUCACAUACGAGUUGUGCCGCAUAUCGGUCAUUUCAAUGAAAUUGAAUAGUUCUACCCGAGUUGAUGGGAAAUUGCUCAUUUAACCCGCCCUGGCCCGUGAACAUCUUUCCUGGAAGGAUACCUCUGUUCCCUCG